GCGCGGUGUCGCAAUCGGCGCUCGCCGCACGCGCACGGUCCCGAGCGCGGCCCGCCCGGCCCCUCCCGCCGCCCGCGCCGCUCAGGUUCACCUUGCCCUUAAUCCAUGUGAAGAUCUGUUGGAAACACCUUCACAGGAGUGAAGAAACACAAGAGUUUUCAGUCUCCUAAUAAAUUCUUUUGUGUCAAAGAACAGCCUGUCCAAAUGAGCAAGACAUCCCAACAGAAUACCACUACAGAUGUGAGCGGAGUAAGUGUGAUUCACACCCAAGCACACUCCAGUGGUUUGCAGCAGGUUCCCCAGCUGGUGCCGGUUAGUCCUGGUGGUGGAGGCAAAGCUGUGCCUCCAAGCAAACAGGGAAAGAAAAAUUCCUUUGUGGAUAGAAACAGUGAUGAGUAUCGUCAGCGCCGAGAGCGAAACAACAUGGCAGUAAAAAAGAGCCGGUUAAAAAGCAAGCAGAAAGCACAAGACACGCUGCAAAGGGUCAACCAGCUUAAAGAAGAAAAUGAACGUUUAGAGGCAAAAAUUAAGCUCCUGACCAAGGAGCUGAGUGUACUGAAAGACUUGUUUCUUGAGCAUGCCCACAAUUUUGCAGACAAUGUGCAACCUGUUGGCACUGAAACCACAACAAAUCCAGAAAACAGUGGACAGUAGACACCUGCAACCUUAUGAAACGAACUCUUAUGGUGCAGCUUGUCUGCAGUGCCCAUGCAUUAACCAAGCAAAAACUGUACCUUUAGUCAUUGUUUUGUGGAGAUUUUUUCUUUGACAGUUGACACUGAAGAUCUGUAACAAUUAAACCAGAAACUGGUUAGGGCAUUUGUUUUUAAUAUUUUUCUCCUCAAAGAUUUAUGCAGAUCUGAACUCCUAGCCAACAAAAAAUGUGCUAUUUAGGAGAUAACAUUUUCACAGGAAUGUUCAUAUACCAUUUUAGACUUCGCAUAAUGGGAGGUAUCCAGCAGGGUGACUCACUAUAGUAUCAGACUUUGAUAGAAUGUUUUUUAAAUGCCUGUUAGUGUAUUUAAACCCUUUGUUUUCUCCAUUACAUAUUACAAAAUGCAAAAGCUGUGGAGAAUGUUUGCUUUUUACUUUAAAUCUGUAGAGCAAGUUCUAUAAAGCACCAUGUAGGUCCCUCCUGCCAGUUAUAGUUAAUGCGGAGGUUGUAGUAAUAGUGAGCUGGGGUGCUUACCAGUGUUCUUCAGAAAAUAAUAUGCUACAAUGAUAUGUACAGGCAGUUGGUCUCCAAAUGGCACAUGAAAGAGGCAAAGCAGCACAGUGGCAAAACCUUUUAUUCAAGCUUGUGUUCGUAUUGCUCCUGUAGUGACUGGGGCCUUGGGAGGACAAGAGUUUGUUUUCAGAAAAUGUCAAAAUGCUACCAAAAAGCUGCCCUGCUAAACUGCAUUCUUUGUAGGUAGGGGGUAUUGGGGAGAAUAAAAGGUGCAGCUUGGCUAAACAGUGAAAGGAGCAGAACAGCACAUGUUCAGCUGGGACAUUUGGAUCACCGCUGGCUGACAUUCAUCUUACAGAAAUUCACAUUGAUUUUAAAAGAAAUGGCCCUAGUAUGAAUGACUGAUUCAGUGAAAUUUCUACAGCCAUCAUACAGCUGUGUGAAGGAGUAKCUUUAGUCUUAUUUUCAUAGAAGAUUUUUCUGUAGUAACUUUAUUGCUACUGCUAAGUCUUUGCCAUGAUCCAUAAUGCAGUGCUAUGUGCUAUAUUGAGGAUUUAGAAAAAGUAAAGCCAGAAAUUCGAUAUAACUUUAAUUUAUUUUCAUUUUUAAAUAUUUCCUUGAUAGUAUGGUUAUUUUGCAUUUAACCUGUGUGUCUGGCUUGCAGAUUACUACACUGUCUUAAUUUCCCUCUUACACCACUUUUUCUCCAUAGAUUAUUUUGGAGUAUGCUUGUUUGCUUUGUAUCUGUACUUAGGAAAAAACUUGGAUGUUUUCUUUAUGAAGAUACUGUUAGAGAAUUAAAUCUUGAAAAGUUCUUUUUUGAAUUUAAACUUUCAAUACAUGUGGAAAACUUUAAUUAAUUGUUUUGGAUUAUUGUAGACUUUUACGGAUACGUUUUUUCAUUCUAACUGUGGCUUAAGUUGGUAGGGUUGAAAUACCAGAAGCUAAUAAAAACGUUUUGCUUCUA